UAUAAUCUUUAUUAACGGAAGAAAUCUGGGUUUUGUCUAAUCUAUGCUAUGUUUGUAUGGGAAAGGUGAAUUAAUCAAACCAUGGAAGGCGUGAAGAUGAACCGAGAGGCACCGAGUGAAUGAACUAUUUUGAUCCCGACAGAGACGACUUUCAGUCGGCGUGGAUUAUGCGCAUUUGCCGCAGGCUGUACUGUCAUCACUACAGUGAAACCGGAUCUCGACCGGCGACGGAUGGGGUGACUCCCGCAGUGCCGAGGAGGUGGUCCCAGCCUCUGGCCAGGGCCGCCACUGCUGGGGUGGGUCCCCAUCCCUGGCACCGUUAACCGUAGGGCUAACGGGAGAACACGUGUCAGGGUGGAAGAGGAAAGAUAAAAUGCAGACGGAGGUGCCAGUACCACCGGAGACAGGAGAGGAGACCUUAGAAGACGGAGCAGGGAGAGAGGAGCAGCGUCCCCUGCAGCAGUCCCUGGCUGCCUCUCUGUGUCGUGAGUCUUACUGGAAGUGCCUCCUCCUCACUCUCCUCAUGUACGGCUGUUUCUCCACGCUGGGCUGGUGUGUCGUCUGCCGCGUCCCAGCUCUGGGCUCCGGGGAGUAUGUUGUUAUCUCGGCUCCGUCCUCCACCACCUUACCUGACUUACCUCAGCUGCACAUCCAGCACGACAGGCCAUGUUCCAGUGGGUAUGUGUAUAUCCCUCUAGCCUUCCUAGCUAUGCUGUACGUGGUGUAUCUGGUGGAAUGCUGGCACUGUUACUCCAAGACCGCCAUUUUGGCUCACGCAGAGACGGCAGAGGUGUAUGAGCGUGUCACAAGGCUCCAGCAGGCCACUCCCUGUAUCUGGUGGAAGGCCAUCAGUUACCACUACGUCAGACGGACCAGACAGGUGACCAGGUAUCGCAACGGAGACGCUUAUACCACUACACAGGUCUACCAUGAGAGGGUUAACACCCACGCCUCCAGCUCUGAGUUUGACUACGGUCGCCACGGGGUUAAAGACGUCUCCAAGAAUCUCCAGGGACUUCAGGAGCAUCCAGCUGUUAGGCUACGGUUCACCAAGUGUUUCAGUUUUGCCAGCGCCCGUGCGGAGGCUGCAUACCUCACCCAGCGAGCACGCUUCUUCGGAGACAACGAGGGUCUAGACGAUUACAUGGAAGCCCGGGAAGGCAUGCAUCUAAAGAACGUGGAUUUCAAGGAGCAUAUUCUGGCGUUCCCAGACCCGACCCGGCAACCGUGGUAUUCCCGACACCGGGUCUUCUGGCUGGCCUCAGCGUUCCUCUUCUCCUGGCCCAUCCGGGUCGUGUCGGAGUACUGCACGGCCCACGUACACUACCACGUGGAGAAACUGUUCGGAGAGGAGACGCUCCGUGAGGACGGAGGCGCCAACGGCGGGUCGAGCUACAGAGCGAUAUCGCGGGUGAACACGGUGGACAUGACGGAGCUGGAGUGGCAUAUUCGCUGUAAUCAACAAAUGGUUCCUUCGUAUUCCGAAGCUCUCCUCAUGGACUUGGAGAGAGAGAGUAAUGGAGGAGUCAGUGGAACAGGAGGAACUAACACCACUUCCUCAACACCUGGAGCUCCGGGCUCCAUCCAGGGGGGCUUUCCAGCCAGCAUGACCCGUCCAGUGGCCUUCUCCACGGCUUACCUCCUCCAGAGCUGCCCCCGGUGUCGGAGUACCAUGUCAAGCUCCAGCCUGCCAUCCAGGCUAAGGGCCCCGACGGGGAAUCCAGCCCUGCUGAACGGCACUGUGGUUGGGAUGAGGGCGAAUGGCUUCGGCGUCGUCACCGACUUCAGAGGGCAAAAGCUCACCUUCGACGGCCACUGGCCUCGCUGGAGAAGUGUGCUCUUCACCGAUGAAUCCCAGGUUUCAACUAUACCAGACAGACGGUACACAGCGUGUAUGGCGUCGUGUGGGUGA